GAGACACGGAGGAUUUCCAAAACCGCGGCUGCCAAGCUGUGUUGCACGUGCAGCUGAGAAAACGCUAUGGAAAAUCAUGCGAUCGUCAGUUUUCUCCACCAACAGUGUAUUUAACGAACUUGAAAGAAGUGAUCGGGUUAAGUGAAGAUCAAGAAGAAUGAACGAGAAGAAAUUGAGUUAAAGAAGCUGAAAGUUGACGUUGGAUCUAGCGUAGGUAGGAUAAUCACCAAAGGAACAUGGCACAAAGGUUUCCUGUACCAAAUGCAGGGAAUAAUGGCCCUCCACCUCAAAGAUAUGCAGCAUCAUCUGUGCCUCCAAAUUUAAGGCAAUAUUCUGGACCAAAUUUUCCUAUGCAACAGAGAUCUGGAUUCACUCCUCCUCCACAAAUGGCCAAUGCAGGCCCUGGCCCAGCAAGUAUAAUAAGAGCAAGUCAGCCUUAUUCAAACAUGCGUCAAGGUCCAAUGCCUACUCCACCAGUUGGGAAGAGAAGCGCGGAUCAACGUAUUCCUAUGUCACAACAGAAACCUGAUUUUUCACAUUCCACAUCCAAGAAGAAGAAAAAGUUGGCGGAUAAAAUACUGCCACAAAAAGUGCGCGAUUUAGUGCCUGAAUCUCAAGCUUAUAUGGACUUGCUUGCAUUCGAAAGGAAAUUGGAUGCGACCAUAAUGAGAAAACGGCUUGAUAUACAGGAAGCAUUGAAACGUCCAAUGAAACAAAAACGAAAAUUACGAAUAUUUAUUUCGAACACUUUUUACCCGGCGAAAGAAGCUGGUGAUGGUGAAGAAGGCUCUGUCGCGUCUUGGGAACUCAGAGUUGAAGGGCGGUUAUUAGAUGAUACGAAAAACGAUCCCAAUAAGGUAAAGAGGAAGUUCUCUUCUUUUUUCAAAAGUCUAGUUAUAGAAUUGGAUAAAGAUCUGUAUGGACCCGAUAAUCAUUUGGUCGAAUGGCACCGCACACUGACCACACAAGAAACUGAUGGUUUCCAAGUAAAGAGACCUGGAGACAAAAAUGUUCGGUGCACUAUUCUUCUGCUCCUUGACUACCAACCCUUACAAUUCAAACUAGAUCCCAGAUUAGCGAGACUUUUAGGUGUACAUACACAAACGCGGCCCGUGAUCAUCUCCGCCCUCUGGCAGUAUAUAAAAACACACAAGCUUCAAGAUAGUCACGAAAGGGAAUUCAUAAAUUGUGAUAAAUAUCUGGAGCAAAUAUUCGCCUGUUCAAGGAUGAAAUUCGCGGAAAUUCCACAGCGUUUGAACCCACUGCUUCAUCCACCAGAUCCUAUUGUAAUCAAUCACGUUAUCAGCGUAGAAGGUACAGAAACAAAACAGACUGCGUGCUACGACAUAGACGUGGAGGUCGACGACACAUUGAAGACCCAGAUGAACAAUUUCUUGCUGUCAACCGCUAGUCAGCAAGAGAUUCAGAGUCUCGACAACAAAAUUCACGAAACAGUGGAAACGAUCAACCAACUGAAAACGAAUCGGGAGUUCUUUCUAAGUUUUGCCAAAGAUCCUCAACAGUUCAUCAACAAGUGGAUUAUAUCGCAAACGAGGGACUUAAAAACAAUGAUCGACGUAGUUGGCAAUCCGGAAGAAGAACGCAGGGCAGAAUUCUAUUACCAGCCAUGGGCACAAGAAGCUGUUUGCCGGUACUUCUACACGAAGGUUCAACAGAAGCGCGCGGAAUUAGAGCAGGCGCUCGGUAUCAGGAACUCAUAA